AUGUCUCCAGAUGGUUCGUAUCCUUAUCACUUCUUUGGGAACCUACGGUUAGAGAAUCCUCACAAGCAUCUCAACGAUGAGGAAUUGGAUAAGCUGAGGUCUUUGGAACCUCUUAUUCAUCAGCUGAGUCACAAAUCGAAAGAUUCUUGUUUCAACAUAGAGAAAGAAUUCAAGGCGUUCACCGAGAAAGAAGUUGGGGCUUGGCUAGCAUUGGGUGUGAAGAGGCCACCACAACAUCUACUCCAUCCCAGUGGCGAGAUCGAUUCCCCUGUUGCAUGCCAUUUGCAUAAUCCUACUUUCUAUGUCAAAACCCCAGAAUCACAAGAAACGGACAAUAUUUCAAACCCUUGUAUUCGACAGCUCCAUCAAGCGGGGUUUUCGUCAAAGAAUUGCUUUAUUUUUGAUGAUAUUUGUCGAAGGGAUCGCACUGAAGAUGUUUUGCUCUUCUACACCAGCGAAAUUCUCCAGAUACACCAAGAAUUCAUGCUUUCAAUUCGAAAGGCGAUGGGUGCCAAAGUUGAAAUAUUCUUCGGAAAAAAUGUUCGUGAAAAGAUGGAAAAACAGUUGGAACUUGUUCCCCUCAGGCUAUGGGGAGAAUUCCGGGACGUGGAAAUCUUUCUAGAAAUGCAAGACCAGACUCUACUGAGAUUUGUCCUAUACGGUCAAUUUGAUAAUUCUAGUAGGGAGAUUGUGCGACAACUAGAGAAAAACGCGACCGAGCAAUUGAAAAUGGCCUUUCCCGUGAGAUAUGAGGAGCUCGAGUUAUCUGUCAAGGCACUUGUUGAUAAAGUGGAGUUCAGAAACGAGGGUCAGCCACUAAAACUCCUGUAUUCGAACCGUGUGGCACUGAUGACACAAAGCUUUUUGGAAGCGACUAGGAAAAGCUUCGGUGAGAAUGUGUCUUAUCAUGCUAUAACUCAAGGAGAGUGCCUUUCAGAUUCAAUCGAUGGGUGGGAAUGGCUUGGUGAGCUCGAUCAAAUACCCGAACCACUUCUGUCCUGGAUCAAGAGUCAGGAUGGGUUACGAAUUGACCGGAAACUUAUCUCUUCCAAAGAAGAGCUAGUACUUGCCUAUCAGUUCCUGUCGCCCCUUGAUGAGGAUAUGCUUGACACAAAUUGCACUCAAAGUGGCCACAAUGUACAUCUCAAAAGUGAAAAAGGAGAGGCGGUUAAGCGAGUUUUGGAUGAUGCAUUCGCUUGUUUUGCGGUAGCAGACGCAAAGAAAUAUGUUGUGUGGUAUCGCAUGAAUAGCUGUGGACGUCCAGACUGCCGCGUCGAUGGACAGGCAAUCCUUGUCCCGCUCAGCCCGCACCAGGAAUAUCGCAUGGCCAGACAUAAAGAUCUGCUGUGUUUAAGAACGGCUGCAUGGGAACGACAUCUAGUACGUUGUUUACCUCAAGAACUAAGCGGCCUCCCAAAGCAAGUAGCUACAACUUGCGAAGCUUGCAAGAAGCAGGACUGCUUUGACACCCGGCCUCGUUGGACAUCCGAAAACUCUAGUCGCAUUCCCACAAUUUUGAAGUGUGCUUUGUCAAAGAAAUGGGACAAUCUGGUUGCCGCCGGCAUCAAUGCAGAUGAGUAUCCCCGAUGUCCAAAUAUCUUAUGGUCACACAAACAACACAAAACCAAGCUUCGAGAGCUUAUUGCUGCAAAAAAAAGAGCGAUAGCAGAUGAUAACGAUGAGCAGCCAACACAGUCAGUUAAACUCAGGAGAGUAUUCACCUCGAAAGGGAAGUUUGGAAAACUAUGA